GACGCGCGAACGGAGCGAAAGUGAGAUUCUGACUGCGCAAUGAAGAUGGCGGCAGGGAUGAAGCUGUUGCUUGGUGCCGCGGCGCUGCUCCUCUUGCUCCAGGGUGGGGACAGCAUCCCCGGCGGCAUCUCACCGGCCGAUAUGAACUCGGAGGAGGUGCAGAAGGCGGCCCGGUAUGCGGUCGAUCACUUCAACCGAGGGUCCAACGAUAUCUAUCUGAGCAAGAUGAGGAGAUUGAUUAGCGCCAAGCAGCAGGUGGUGGCGGGGAUGAUGUACCGUCUGAAAAUGGAACUGGGAACGACUACGUGCAGGAAGUCAAUGGCAUCAAAUGUCAACCUCAACACGUGUAACUUCCAUCCGGGCCUGCGGUAUGCCAAGAGGAUUAUUUGUAAAUUCCAAAUCUGGGACCGCCCGUGGCUGAGCCAGCUGGAGGUGGUGAAGAAGAAUUGCACAAUCCUGUGACUCCAGUUGGCUGCGCACCCAAGAAAAUACCAGCCCCCAAGAAAAUACCAGCGGAAGGAUGCCAAUGCUUCACUACUGCGAUAGUAAUCACCAGCUCAUAUCUGAGGGAGUCGAGCUCACUGCGACUGCUGUUGCCCUCCUGUCUCAAAUGCUCCCCCCACCGCUAUCGGCUGUGCGCCCGGGGACACUUCAACUCAAAGUGGAGGAACAUCGUGUGACAGUGGUCGGCUCUCAGCCUCCCUCAGCACAUGGCUUGCAGCAGCCAACAUAAAUACGCCAGGGAUUUUCAAUCACUUCCAGCCUCGUUCAGAGCUUCCUGUCAGCAAUCAAUCAUAUUUAGUAUAACGAAAGAUGGAGCAUUUAACUCCUCUCUCUGCUGCAGGGUGUAUUCUCUUCUGAACUCAGCGUUGUUUCCACUGGUGCAUCUUCAAUAACUACCAGAAACUAAAUACACUACUAUUGUAUUCUUGUAUUCAUUUACCAAAUAAAUUUACUUACAGUAUUAUGAACUA